AUGGCGGCUUCUCUUACCGCAGCCUCUUUGCUCAGCGUUAAGAACUGGGUUGUUGUCGUGUACGCACAAGCAUUGGCCACAAACGGAGCCAAAGUUUACAUCACCGGAAGACGUCAAGAAGUGCUGGAAAAAAGUGCCCGCGUCCACGGAUCUGCAGAUAAGAUUGGCUCUUCUGGGGGUCAAAUUGUUCCCCUUGCACUAGAUGUGACGAGCAAGGAUAGUAUCAAAAGCGCUGUCGACCACAUCACCAAGACUGACGGCUACCUCAACGUCCUUGUGAACAAUGCCGGCGUAUGGACGACGAAGCCAGAGGCUGGGCCUGAGGACGGUCCUGAGAAGUUUGGCAGCUCCAUGUUUGAUCAGUCCGUUGAACUCUGGCAACAAGCUUUCCUCGUUAACGCUACCUCAAUUUACUUCGUAACAUCCGCGUUUCUGCCACUACUGGCCAAGUCUAUCUCUAGCCACACUGGCAAGAUGGGCAGCGUGAUCAAUACUACCUCCAACAGCGGUCAACUUAGGAUGACUGAGGCCUCGCAGCUGGCCUACAAUGUCAGCAAGGCUGCGGCGGUGCAGAUGACCCGUCAAUUGGCCUUUGAUUUCAGCCACGACAAAAUCAAGAUCCGUGUGAACGGCAUCGCACCAGGAUGGUUCCCCUCGGAGAUGACCACGGGAGGUUCAGACGAAAACAACGUGAGCACCUCGCAGGAGGAUUCGGCAUUUCAAAAAGAGAUGACUGACAUCGGUGCUCGAGUGCCUCCUGGUCGCAUGGGCAAAGCCGAGGAUCUGGCAAGCGGUCUGCUCAUGCUUGCGACUAACGACUACAUCUGGGGUAUGAAUCUUGUGAUUGACGGUGGCAUCUUACAGAGUGUAGCUGGAAGCAUCUAG